AUGGGGGCCCCCCGAGUCCCCACGCGGACCGUGCUCUUCCGGAGCGAGCGGAGCGGCCUGACCUACCGCGUGCCCGCGCUGCUGCCGCUGAGCCCCGGGCCCGCGCUGCUGGCCUUCGCGGAGCAGCGGCUCAGCCCCGACGACGCGCACGCCCACCGCCUGGUGCAGAGGCGCGGCUCGCUGGCGGGGGGCUCGGUGCGGUGGGGCGCCGCCCGCGUGCUGGGGACCGCGGCCCUGGAGGCGCACCGCUCCAUGAACCCCUGCCCAGUGCACGACUCGCGCACCGGCACCGUCUUCCUCUUCUUCGUGGCGGUGCGCGGCCAGACCCCCGAGGUUGCACAGAUCGCCUCGGGCAGGAACGCCGCGCGCCUCUGCUGCGUGACCAGCCGGGACGCCGGGCGCACCUGGGGCGGCGCGCGCGACCUGACGGCGGAGGCGGUGGGCGCAGUGGAGCGCGACUGGGCCACCUUUGCUGUGGGCCCCGGCCACGGCAUCCAGCUGAGCUCAGGCCGCCUGCUGGUCCCGGCCUACACCUACCGUGUGGACCGGCGGGAGUGCUUCGGCAGGAUCUGCAGGACCAGCCCCCACGCCUUCACCUUCUACAGCGAUGACCAUGGCCAGACCUGGCACCAUGGUGGCCUCGUGCCCAACCUGCGCUCGGGCGAGUGCCAGCUGGCUGUGGUAGAUGCAGGGCAGGCGGGCAGCGUCCUUUACUGCAAUGCCCGGAGCCCCCUGGGCAGCCGUGUGCAGGCCCUCAGCACAGACAACGGCACCUCCUUCCUGCCGGGAGAGCUGGUGCCCACCCUGGCUGAGACCGCCCGGGGCUGCCAGGGCAGCAUCCUGAGCUUCCCAGCCCCACCCUCUAGCAGGCCGGGCAGUGAAGGAUGGGCAGUGGGCUCUAGGAAGACCCCUUUUCCUCCAAACCUCUGUCCUGGAGCCCAAGAAUCCCCAGAGGAGGGCACUGGAGACACCCAAGGGGGUGAGGGGCUGUGCGGGACACAGGGACCUGGGGACGGCCCACAGGACCCUGGCCCCUGGGGGCCUAGGCCAGGGCCUGGGCUUGGUGGAGACAGGAGGGCCUGGGCCCUGUCUCAGAGCCCCACAUGGCUGCUGUAUUCCCACCCGGUGGGGCGCAGGGCUCGGCUCCAUAUGGGUGUCCAUCUGAGCAGGUUCCCCCUGGACCCCUACAGCUGGACGGAGCCCUGGGUGAUCUACCAGGGCCCCAGCGGCUACUCUGACCUGGCAUCCCUGGGCCCCACCCCCGAGGGAGCCCUGAACUUUGCGUGUCUGUACGAGAGUGGAGCAAGGGAGUCCUAUGAAGAAAUCUCCUUCUGCGUGUUCUCCCUGCGCGAGGUCCUGGAGAACGUGCUUCCGGGCCCCGAGCCCACGGGCCUGGGGAGCAAACCUCAGGGGCUGUGCUGGCCCUCCUGA